CGUUCUAUAUAAAGCUCGCAUGCAUUUCCUAUUCUCCUCACUUAAAAUCAGAUAAAUUCUUGAUCAGUAUCAUCGUACGUGUUGCUCAUUCUGAUCGAUCGUUGAUCGUAAGCCAUGGAAAUUGCAACGAAAUUAGUGUCGGAAAAACCUCUGGUGAUCUUCAGCAAAACGACGUGUUGCAUAAGCCAUACCAUCACGUCUCUUUUCUAUGAUUUUGGUGUCAAUCCCACGAUUUACGAGCUCGACGAGAUGCCCAGUGGCUGGGAAAUCGAGAAAGCUAUACAACGGCUCGGCUGUGACCCGGCAGUUCCCGCCGUGUUUAUCGGCGGCGAGCUUGUGGGCGGAGCUAAUGAAAUUAUGAGCCUCCAUCUCAAAAGGGCUUUAAAGCCGAUGCUUAAGAGAGCCGGAGCUAUGUGGGUGUGAUAAUUACAAAUGUAUACUGAUGAGAUCGUUUACGUACUUUUAGACGGAUAAUGCGAUUUUGUUGCUUAUAGUUAUAAAAUUUACGAAUUUAAGGUAUGUUUGUUCUUAAUUUUUUACGAUUCUCAAUCCGCAGUUCUGUUAUUAGUAUAAAUAUUAUUAUUAUUUUAUAAUGAAAUAUUAAAAAAUAAUAAUACUAAAAAAUUUGAAUAAUACUUUUACAAUUUCUACUAAAUGAAGACAAAAUAAAUCAAUAAAAAAACCAUAAAUACUGAAAUAGCAUAACAUUGAUGUUACUUUAUUUAUUUAUUUGUAUUUUGAGGGACUUAUGUUGAAACGUGACUUGAAUUUAGCGGUCUACCGACCCUAAACCAAAGCGAAAGGGUUGUUUCAAUUGACCGGGUUCCUAUUGGGCUUAUCCUAAUUAAUAACAAAUGGGCUUAGGGUUUAGGGUGUUUUUGGGUGCUUAUAAAUAGACAACUAUGGUUCUUAGUCGGAUGACAUAUUGUAAAUCUCUGAAUCAGUAUAAUAAAAUCUCUCCGGUUCUUGCCCGUGGAUGUAGGUUGUAGGUUGACAUACCGUCACCGAACCAUGUAGUUCUUUAUUUGCUUUCUUUUUCGUUUUCUCAUAACAAGUGGUAUCAAAGCCAUAUCUCAUUGAUUGAGGAUGUCCUCGUAUAAGUUUGAUCUGGAGAAGUUUAAUGGGUCGAAUGACUUCAUGCUCUGGAAGGUCAAGAUGAGGGCACUUCUGGUUCAACAAGGAUGUGUGGCUGCGUUGAAGGGAGAAGACAAGUUUCCUAAAGACACGAAGGAGGAGGUAAAUGAGGAGAUUUUGGCAAAGGCUCAUUCCGCGAUCUUGCUGUCAGUUACUGAUGAGGUGUUACGGGAGGUUGUAGAUCAGAACAGCUUUUGGGUUAUGAAAUAAACUGUGUGAGAAGUACCAAAACAUGGCAAUGACUGAAGGUAUUAAGAAGGGUAUCUGGUUACAUGGUCUGGUGCAGAGUUUGGGCCUGAAGGUGAAGAAACCGGUGUUAUUCUGUGAUAGUCAAAGUGCUUUGAGUUUGGCUAAAAACCCAGUGUAUCAUGAGAGAACCAAACAUAUUGAUGUAAGGUUGAAUUUUAUCCGUGAUGUUCUGGAGGAAGACAAGUUUUCUAUUCAGAAAAUAGCUACAUAACACAAUCCAACUGAUAUGUUGACAAAUGCGCUACCGACGGAGAAGUUUGAGCGUUGCUUGAACUUGGUGAAUAUUCGCAGGAGGUAAAGCCCUCUCGGGGCAUCUGGCAGGAAUGAGACGACUGAGAGAUACUGACGAACCUUUGGCGGUUGGAGAAACUCCAAGUCAAGGUGGAGAUUGUUGAAAAGUGACUUGGAUUUAGCCAGAGUUCCUUUUGGGCUUAUUCUAAUUAAUAACAAAUGGACUUAAGGUUUAGGGUGUUUUUGGGUGCUUAUAAAUAGACAACUAUGGUUGGGCUUAUCCUAAUUAAUAAC